UUUCUCACACUACGCAAAAAAAAAAAAGAAAGAAAAAAACUGUUUAUACAUAUUCCAAUUAAUUUAAAUUUUAAAUUAUUUAUUUUUGUGUAAGAAAAAAUGUGCAUUGCUGUGUUCAUGUGGCAAUCCCAUCCUCUCUACCCUUUCCUUCUGUUGCUGAACAGAGAUGAGUAUCACAAUAGGCCGACCAAGGCGGUGGGGUGGUGGGCCGGCGGCGAGAUCCUCGCCGGGAAAGACGAAGUCGCCGGCGGCACGUGGCUGGCGUGCUCGAAGCAAGGCCGCGUCGCGUUCCUCACCAACGUACUCGAGCUUCAUACUCUCCCCGAGGCCAAGAGUCGAGGCGACCUCGCCAUACGGUUUUUAGAGAGUAAGAAGAGCCCGGCGGCGUUUGCGGAGGAGCUCGCGAAGGAGUCGAGCCAAUACAACGGGUUCAAUCUCAUCGUCGCGGAUCUCGUCUCGAAAUCGAUGGUGUUCGUCUCGAACCGGCCUAAAGGCGACCCCGUCACGAUCCAACAUGUCCUCCCGGGAAUCCACGUCCUCUCGAACGCUACACUCAACUCGCCUUGGCCUAAGGCUGAAAAGCUGGAGGAGAGAUUUAGAACAGAGGUGGGGAAAUACGCCGAGGGGGAAAUUCCGACGAAAGAAAUGGUCGAGAAAUUGAUGAGGGAUACGGAGAAGGCCGACGAUAAUAAGCUACCGAAAAUAUGCUCCCGCGAUUGGGAGCACAAUUUGAGCUCGAUUUUCGUCGAAGUCGACACGCCAUUGGGGAAAUAUGGAACUAGAAGCACUGCUGCAGUGACUGUGAGGGCCAAUGGAGAAGCCAGUUUCUUCGAAACUUAUAUCGACGGCGACGGCGACGAUCUGUGGAAGCAGCACACCCUCAACUACCAUAUCCAGAAACUGUGACGAGUCGAGGAAGAUGAUCGAAGAUCGUCGUCGUCGUCGUCAUCAUCGCCGAUGUUGUUAUAACAAGUUUAAUAACUACAUAUAUAUAUAUAUAUAUAUAUAUCAAUUGUUGUUGAUUUGGAUUGAGAUUUAUGAACAAUUUAGGAAGAUGAUGAUUGAUGAUCAUAAAUAAAUCAAUGUAAAAGCCCAAAAUGUAUUGAUCUCUUUUGAAAUGAUCCUUCUUUUAUAUCAUUAA